AUGCUGACACGCAGUUCCAAUUCUCAUCUCGCUCAACAACUCUCCUCUCAAGGUACAUCACACAACACACCUCUCGAAGAUCAUCCCGAUCGCUCUACCCCAUUAUCUAUCUUCGCUCCUCCACCACCUUCGGAUCUUCCAGAUGCUCUACAAGAGAUAGUUCGUCCCGUCGUUGCCGAUAAUGAUGGCAUGGUAAAGGACGCUGCGGAGGGAUUCGAGAAUCGUCUCCGCCACACUCGUGCGAGAUUGGAAAGCGUGCGGUCGGGGGUCAAUGCUUCUGGUCGGGGUGUCAAAGUCGGAGGUGCACCUCGGACGUCGAAUGUUUCGGGAAGGAAACCGAGAAAGUCGAAAGCCACCGAUGAGAUCCCAAACCAGGAUUUUUGCUCAGCAUGCAGAGGUAUAGGGAAAUUUCUCUGCUGCGACGGAUGUCCGAGAAGCUUUCAUUUCAUGUGUUUGGAUCCACCUCUUCUGAUCGACCAGCUCCCAGAAGAGGAGACAUGGUAUUGUCGCAAAUGUAGAGCUGAACGGGAUAAGGCCGAGAACGCAUCUCCGGCGAAAGAGAAAGAGAAAGAGCUCAAACCUAUUCCCGCCUGUUUCAAAUUACUCACAAAGAAACUGGAAGAAGAGAACCCGGUUCAGUUUCGUUUGCCAGAUGAUAUUCGGCAUUACUUCUCUGGAGAAGUACAAGAGGGACCGGGAGGAGAAUAUGUGGAUCAUGAGGAGACAAGGACACGAAUAGACCGGAAGGGAUUCCAAGAGGAACGAGAUGGUACUCGGUUGCGAGAUGGUAAACGACCUGUCUCAUGUUACCAAUGCGGCGGUUCUUCCAUCCCACUCGGAUCCCUCAUCACUGAUCCUGGUAUCGCAUGGAGACAGAUCGUCAGCUGUGAUUAUUGCGCUUUGCAUUGGCACCUCGACUGUCUGACACCUCCGUUAGCAAGUAUGCCGAAUUCAGGGCGGAAGUGGAUGUGUCCUAAUCAUGUGGAACAAGCUAUGGCAAGACGGAGAACUGUCAAGUCAGGUCUGGAAACUAUUGACGUGGAAAGCGUCGGUACGCCGAACAACGGGAACAUUCUUAUCCUACCCGACGACCAACCAGGAUUGCACUACGAGGAUUUUGUGAUCAAUAAGAAGAGAUAUCGGGUGCCGGAGAUGGUCAUCAAAUUGGAUUUCUGGGACAAGUUACGUGCGCGUAGGUGA